CAUGACCCGAAGGCCCAGCGACGCCAUAGAAACAAAAGAUGUGGCGUCUCCUGACUGUGGUCGUCCUCUCAUUACUUCUGGAGGACACUCACCAGGCUCCGGCCAACGUUCCUGGAAACAUCUACAACAUCAUCAGCUGUAGAGAUUCCUGCCGCCCCCAUGACUGCUCGGAUGUGUCUGCCCAGGGUCUGACCGCGGAUGGUGUCUACCUGAUCUAUCCUGGUGGUGAGACCUCUCCUCCAGUACCUGUGUAUUGUGACAUGAGGAGCGCUGGAGGACCCUGGACGGUCUUUCAGAAGAGGUUUGAUGGCGGUGUGGAUUUCUAUCGGGGUUGGGAGGACUAUAAGUCGGGGUUUGGACGAGCGUCUGGAGAAUACUGGCUGGGUUUACAGAACAUUUUCCUCCUGACCCAGAAGAAGACGUAUCGUCUGCGCAUCGACCUGGAGGACUUUGAGAAUGACGCACGUCAUGUGACUUAUGACUCCUUCUCCAUCUCACCUCUGGCCAUCAACCCUGAGGAGGACGGGUACAAACUGCACAUUGAUGGAUUUAAGGAGGGAGAUCCAAAGAAACCCGCCGGAGAUUCUCUUUUGGGUCAGAACCAGAUGAACUUUUCCACCUUCGACCAUGACAGAGACCUUCAUGUCAUCAACUGUCCAGAGAGGUUUCAUGGGGCGUUCUGGUACAACAAAUGUCAUGGCUCCAAUCUCAAUGGGAAAUAUCAGAGCGGCGUCACCACAGAGUACGCUACCGGAGUGGUGUGGGCCUCAUGGAGAGGGGCCUAUUAUUCCUUUAAGAGAAGUGAGAUGAAGAUUUCACAAACUGCAAAAGCAGAACAGUAAUGGCGGCACAAAGUCACAUGACCCUCCGGCCUCCACCAAUAACAAUGCAUCCUGGUACCGGGGGGGGCGGCCAUGUUGUAUAUCAUAUACACAU